AUCAUUUAGUACCAAACGAGGUUUCAAACAAGGAGACAGCCAAUCAUGUGAUCUAUUUAAUAUUCUGCUGAAGAAGAUUAUACGAGAUGCAGAUGUGAGUAGACAUGGCACACUAAUCACAAAAGAAGACAAGCAUAGGCGCCUAUGCCGACGACAUCGACAUCAUAGGUCGGUCACCAGAAGUAGUUACUGCAGCCUUUGAAAGAAUCAAGAGAGAGUGAAAAUGGGUCCGGCAAUAAAUGGACAAAAUGGAUGGUAUCAACUCCCAAAACGCCUUGAACAACCGAGCAGAUAAAGAAAAUUGAGAAAGUUUGGAACCGCAACAUGGAGAUAGUCAGCAACUUUACCUACCUAGGCACCGCCGUAAUCGAAACGAAUGACACCAGUUUUGAAAUAAAGCGAAGAAUAAUACUGUCAAACAGAUGCUACUUUGUCAAACAGAUGCUACGAGGCCGCCUCUCGACAGACAAAGAUCACACUAUGAAAGACACUAGUACUACCCAUGUUGUUAUAUGGACCAAUAUGCGUUACUGUGGAAUUUAGGCGUCGUAUGAACCACGAGCUGUAUGACGACGAUAGCAUAGUUAAAAGCAUCAAAGUGAAACGGUUGCGUUGGCUAGAUGAUGUUGUCAAAAUGGGUGAAGAAUAAUUCUUAGGCUUAUGGUGUAGCUUGUACACUCAACGAAAUUUGUUAUUCAGCAUAGCAAAAACGUUUGCUAAAGCCACGGUUUUGUCUGCAGUCACGCCUAACAUGAUUUUGCUGAGUUUUUAACUAAGAAAUUCUGGUCAUUUUACUACAAAAUCUGUCCACCCUUUGGUGAGUAUUUUCAACAAUAUAACAAAUUGAGCAACAAAGAAGAACCACAAAUAAGACUUUUAAGUUUUUGUGACGGAACAGACAGUGUUUGCUAUUGUCUACUGACUUCUUUGUAUGAGUGUACUUUCGUCAUAUUUGUCAAUAUCGUCCCAAAGCUAAUAGUGGGAUUUUACUUAUCAGAAAAUUUUAAUAAUGAUAAUGGCAUAACGAACUCAAUCGCUGAUACAUUGGUGUAGUACACCGCCAGCGAUCAAGGGACAUGGGUUAUCGAUUAGCAGUUGGUUUUAUAGCUACGAUUGGCUUAGCGACCAUAUCAGUUUCAUAUGUGGUAUACAGAAGACGGCAGAAAAGUCGUGGAAAAAAACUUUCAAAUAACCCAAAAUGGAAGCAAGUUGGCACGGUGAAGGAAAUAUCAAUGUACCCCCUACAAUCUGGGACACCCCUCAUUAUACCAAAUGCAAAGUGUGAUUCCUUCGGAAUAAGUAUUCGUGGGCUUAGAGAUCGUUGUCUCGUCUUGCUUAAUGCGCAAGAUGAAGCUGCCUUUUCAGGCACAUAUCCAUCAAUGCUAGCAAUUAGUACGGAAAUCGAAGAUGAAUGUUCCCUUGUGGUGCGGGCUCCAGGCAAGGAACCAUUGUCUUUAAAUCUGUCGCGGAUAGCUGAAGGAAAGCCCAUUAAAGAGAAGCAGCGCAAUGGUUUCACAAUGCGUUUGAUCGAGUGUGACGAAAUUCAUCAUGAAUGGUUCUCCAUCGUAAUAUUGCAACGCACUAGAGGUUUGAAACUUUUUAUCGUUUUGGAACCCAAUAUACAGCCUGAUAUUUGGGGAGAUGACAAGAGUGAUUUCAAUCCCAUUAUGGUAAUGAACAAUAAAUCGGUGAGUGAUUUAAACCAGCGCUUAGUGCUUACACCCAAGGUGCAUCAUUUGCAAUUUCGAGGCAAUCUUUUGUUGGAGUGCAACGAUAAUGUAAAACCAUACGACGAAGACAACUGGUCUUGGUUGAAAAUUGGCGAUACUGCAAAGGCGUGCGUUUUGCAGUACAGAGGACCCUGCCUACGAUGUAUCUCGCCCAAUGUAGACAUUAAGACGUGUAAACACAGCCCACACUUUGAACCAUUAAAAACUCUCAAAAGUUACAGAUUGGUGCACAACUCGAAAGAACCCACAAUGGGCGCCUACUAUAAUAUAAACAGAGAAGGUUUCAUAAAGCACAAUGAUCCAGUAUAUGCAAUAGUUGCAAGUAAAUAAUGCCUUACACAGAAAAAAAUGAGAAUCUUGAUUUAAUUUGGAAAAUUCUUUAGUCAAUUAAAAAUUUUGCUGAAAUCGCUCCCAUAAA